AUGUUAUGUGGCCAUGCUGUUGAUGGAACAUGGGGAAGGAGAGAAGACCAUGCUAAAGAAGAGCACCUAUCAUAUGCUGGAAUACUUCAUGUUAUCAAGACUGUUAUAUUGGGUGUUCAAAUUUUUUGGACUUCUAAUUACAUAUUACCAGCAAAGGUGCUGCAGAAGAUUGAUGAUUUGUGUAGAUAUUUCUUAUGGGGCAAAACAGAUCAGGCUUUAAAAUCCCUGCUAGUAGCUUGGGAUAAAGUUUUCAAGGAGAAGAAAUAUGGAGGAUUGAGGAUAUUCUCAGCAAAGACAUGGAACAUAGUCACUGCAUUAAGAACCAUAUGGUACAUACAUACAAAUAAAGAGUUACUGUGGAUAAAAUGGAUCCACGACAAUUAUCUAAAAGAUACAUCAAUUUGGCAAGUUACAGUGAAAAAAGGGGAUUCUUGGUUAUGGAAGCAACUGCUCAGAGUCAAAGAUAAGAUGAUUGCCAGUUGUGGAAGGGUUGAUGUUUUGAAGCAAAUUAUCAGCUCCUGUCAUAGGAAUUCAAAAGUGUGCUUAUCUGAGCUAUAUUCAAAAAUUUCCCCAGUUACUAUUAAGAUACCAUGCUUUGUGAAUGCAGUUUGGAAUGGGAUCAUGGGGUGGCUUCAAUUCGGUUGGAGGGCUUAUGACUGGAAUCUUUUGAUAGAUUGGUUUGUUUACAGGCUAAGAUGUCGAGGAUUUAAACAAAGAGUGAAAAGAAUGGCACUAGCUUCAAUAAUCUACAGGUUAUGGAGGGAGCGCAACAGCAGAUUUUUCAAAUCGAAGAACAGGAGUGUUGAGCAGAUUAUAAGAGAAAUCAAAGUUGAUAUCAUGACUAUCAUCUUGAAUGGUCCAUAUCCAGCAGAUAAGAAAGAAUGA